UCGGCCAAUCCUGCAUAGCCUCCCCUCCUCGCCAUCGCCACAGCUCUCACGCCUCGCCACGGCGCAACCAAGCCUCCUAGGCGCUCAGCCAUGAAGCAGCCUCCUUAGUGGUACUGUUUGACCUGGCUAGGUCGCCUUCUAAAUGUCUUUGGCUAGGCGUGCGAGAAGUCUCUAUUUCUAUGAGAAUAACGAGGGCCUCUGCUAGAUGGUGGAUGCAAGGGCUUGACUCGAACCAGGCGUAGUCGAGGAUGCAUCGUUUCCACUCUAAUGGUCACAGGCUUUCUUCGAAUAUCAAUCUAUAAUAGCUGUCAUACGCCAGUGUCUCCUUAGCGACGAUCAGUUGACGCGUAAUGGCGUCGGCUUCACGAGCCGCGUUAGAUUGCGUGCACUCAGUUGUUGAAGUGCUACAGACUAGUAGCCAUGGUGCACCCACCCUAAUAGCAUCGCAUGUUCGAGCGUCGAGGCGAUCAGUAGAGAGCGUCAUCAGAGCACGAGAGGCUGUCUUCAGCCGUUCUCGUUCUGACUCCUGGCGAAGACCCGACGUUUCGCGGCUCUCUUUGCCGCGCGCCCCCUCCACCGUCCAUCGCUCAACGCCGGGGCGUCAAUCCGCUGCUCGCAGCGCCCUCGCCACGUCACCAGGGACGUCAGGCCCACCAGUGGAGGUUGUUCCGGACCUGCCAACAGUGUCGGUGGUGAUCCCCCUGUUCAACGAGGCUCGGAGCAUCCCGAUCCUGGUGGAGAGGGUCGGCGACGUGCUGAGCCGCGCGGGGUGGCCGCACGAAGUAAUUUGCGUGGACGAUGGGUCGUCGGAUGGCACGUCCCUCCUGCUCAAGGCAAUGGCAGCAGAGAGGCCCGAGCUGCGGGUGGUGGUGCUGCGCCGCAACUUUGGACAGACUGCUGCCAUGGCGGCCGGCUUCGACUACGCUGCAGGCGACUUCAUAGUGACAUUGGACGGCGACCUGCAGAACGACCCCUCUGACAUUCCGCGGCUGCUGCGCCUGCUGCUGCUGGGGAGGAAGGGCGUGGUGGGGCAGGAGGCGGGGGCGAGAUGGGUGACAGGGCGGGAGCGGGACGGCGGGGGCUACGACAUGGUGUGCGGGUGGCGGCGCGCGCGCAAGGAUGACUUUUUCUCACGCAAUCUUCCCUCGGCGCUGGCUAAUCUGCUCAUUGGGGCUGUCACAGGGGUCCGUCUGCACGACUAUGGGUGCAGCCUGAAGGCGUACCGCGGGUCGCUGGUGCGCUCCAUGCGGCUCUACGGCGAGCUGCACCGCUUCCUGCCCGCCCUCGCCGCCAUGGAGGGCGCUUCCAUAUCUGAGCUCGAGGUGCAGCACCACCCGCGCCAGGUGGGCGUGUCCAAGUACAACCUCUCGCGCACCCCCCGUGUGCUCAUGGACCUGCUCACCGUUGCCUUCCUCACGCGCUUCCGAGACCGGCCCAUGCACUUCUUCGGCCCCCUCGCCGCCCUCACGCUACUCGCUGCUGCUGUCUUCUUCGUCCUCUUCUGCGCGGCGGCGCUUAAGGCUGCUGCGGCGUAUGGCGUGGGCAUGGCCAUGGUGGUGGGCGCAGCGCACCUCGUGGCCUCUCUUGAGUUUGUUGUUGCUGGAUUCGUAUUGUUUGGGCUCGGCCUGGUGGCUGAGCUGUGCAUGAGGACGUACUACGAGGCGCAAGGGCGAUCCGUGUACCGUGUGAGAGAGGUUGCCAAUUGACAAGGCCAUGUGUGAGCUACGAAGGCACUCUCAGGUACCGGUAGGCACAAUACGCGUGGAAACACAAGCGCUGGGUAGUUUUGUUGCUUCUUACACAACAUUGGUUUGCUCUAUCUGUAGAUUACCUUCAAGCUCACUUCACUGGUACGUUUUGCACAGAAGCCUAAAUGCUGUUUGCAGCAUGGCCUGACUCCUGUGUGUCUGUAGCAUGGCAUCUGGCUACAGCAUGGACAUAUUUUAGGUUAUAGUGAACAGUUUUUGCAAUGCCUACUUGCCUGCCUUGUGAAUCCUCUUAAAAGUGA